GCGUUCGGCGCUCCGGAGGCGUCGGCCGCUUGACUGCGUUAUCAGUAGUGGUGCCGUCGUCCGCGCGAGCAGGUGAAGACCUUCGUCACAAUAGCUGCUCGACGACCUGAGGGUCCUCACCCCCGGCGUAAAAUGGGAACGUAAGAGGGCGGCAUAACAGGGCCUUGAACACCUCCACCACCCUCAAGCCCGCCAACUUCGCAACAUAUUCACCCUCCCCCGCCGCCCACACCGCGGCUUAGCGAGCAACGACCAAUGAGCACGCUCGGGACAAGUACAAACUGACUGAGCAGUGGGGGAGGAGGAGGAGGAGAAGGAUAUCGCGAUCGAGAUCGUGAUAGAUCGAUCUAUGUCGCUUGGGCGAUCGAUGUAAUGAAUGGAGUCGCAGGCGCGCUUGGGCGCCGCCUAACCGUCGCGAUUCACGGAUCGAUGUAACGCUCGCUGCGUUCCGCAGGCGAAGACAAUCGUAGUUGUUUAGGUAGUCACCGAAUUAAGACAUAAGUAGAUACAUAGAUAUAUGUACAUGUAAGAGCAUAUAUAUAUAUACACAGAUUAUAUAUACAUUUAAAAGUAUUGAUCAAAAAAAGAAAGAAUCACAAUCUCUAUAUCAUUUGUUGAGCGUCGAUCAUUGUAUAUUAUAUAUAUUGACCUACUGAUCGCCGGAUCGAUCAAGUAUAUAUAUAUAUCGAAAUAACACGAGUACCUUGAGCGGGCAAUAACCGAAGGAUCGGAGAACGCAAGUGGGAUCAAAAAGAUUCGACGAUUAUACCCUAUAUAUUGAACUCGAGAUAGACGCCGGAGGUCCGAAGAGAUUCGAGAGAUCUCGGGAGAUUUAAUGUCCUAACGAUAUUGGAAGGUCCACGCGAGUCCGAGGGAGGCUGCACGAGAUCCCACACACGUACCUACGACGACGAGGCGGCAAUCGGUAGUGUUCUUAAGAAGAAUUCAAGUUUCUAAGGAGACCAGUUGGCGAUAUCGAGCGAUAUAAACGUUGCGAGAAAGAUAUUUCGAAGGUGGAAUGACGUCUCAGCUUUGGAAACCAAAGGAUCCCGCGAUGGUCGUCGCCUAAAAACGCCGUUGCGCGAGCUCGCGAAAUCCCGCAAGGAUGAAUCUCGAGGUGGAGUUGAUCGCGGGGGUCAUCAAAGGCGGCCCGCCCCCCGCUAAUCUGCCGGCGCCGAGGCUCAUCAAGAUAUUCAUCGCCGGCGAGAGGGACGACUUCCCGGAGGAGCGCAAACAGCUGCUGGAGGUGGUCGGGCCGGAGCUGCAAUCAAUUUACGACGAUAUGGGAAUCGAGGUGCUCCUGGUGGACAUGCAGUACGGGUCCGGCGACGACCCGGACGUCGAUCCGCACCUGGCGGAAUACUUCCUGGAGGAGAUAAGCGCGUCCCACCGACAUUCCAGGGGAUGUUUCCUCCUGCUGUUGACGGGAACAAAUUAUACCGUAGGGUGGGUACCAACGGAAUUGAAAGAGGCUACCUACCGAACGCUUCUCGCGCACUGCGCUCUUCUUAAAGAUCAUUACGAGCACAAUGGGCACUCUUAUGUUUUGAAUGCAAAUAGCGUGCAGACCGCUCAGCGGGAAUGGCAAAUUGAUCAAGAGCUGAAUCUGCGUCAGCUGCUGAGGACCGCCGCGGAACGCGCGAUCGCGGAGCAGCCGGAGAACCAGGAUUUGAAAUACGUCCUGAAGAGUACGGCGGAACGACAGCUGGACUACGGCCUAAAUCUAGAUCAGCAGGGCUUGGGAAUAAUGGCCGUGAUUCGCGAGUGGACGAACGACGAUGCAUCAAGGUGUACGGCGGCCGAGGGGCUCAAGUCCCGUAUCCAGGCUACCUUACCCCAUGAAAAUGUUCUGAGUUUUUACGUGGAGCACCGUAACGGCGGUAUCGAUGCCGACUAUGACGCUCACGACGAAUAUCUUGGAAAGUUUCGGGACUUGAUAUUGGACAGGAUUCAGCAACUGGUGAACGCGUCCGUCGAGGCUGAUCCGGAAAUUAAAAGUCGCAAGAAAAUGGUUCAGGAAGUCUACGCUGAGAGUAUGGCGCAUUUCGCUCUUCUUCGAGAAUUACCGUUGGCCGACGAGGCUGACGAGGCCGUGGAGCGAGUUAAACAACUUAUCCUUGCAGGCAAGGAGCAGAAGCACGGGCCGAUUCUAAUCUAUGGACCCAAAUCCUCUGGAAAAUCCUCUAUCCUUGCGCGCGUCUACCGAGAUUCGCCCGACUGGCUUUCGACGCCGACGCUUCGUGUCGUCCGACUGUGCACUUCAACACCUCGAUCCGCCUAUAGCCUGGAGCUCCUCCGCAUCCUCUGCCAGCACGUCGGCUUUCUUUGCGGCGAUAACGACGGUAAUCUACCACGAGAUGCCUCCUUCGACCCACUCUACCUCAACAAUUGGUUCAGUCUCAUUAUACGCCGCUUAGAGGAACAUCCCCUUUCGGACCAAUUAAUUAUUCUUCUCGACGAUCUUCAUCGUUUUCAUCCGCUCGAGUGUGAUAUCGUCGCCGCCCUGUCUUGGCUACCGUUCACUCUUCCUCCUGGUGUUCACUUUGUCGUCACUUCCGCGUUCCCGCCUGAGAAAAUGCGCCUCACGCCAAUUCAAAAGGAACAUCUACGUAGCCCCGACAUUCUCGUUGAUCUCUCUGGACGUGUGUGCGCGACGUCAGGCGUCGACGUGGUUUUUGAGCGUUUGGAGGAGCUCGUCGGACUCGAUGCGGCUAAUCGGAUUGCCUCGAUUCUCGCUUGCACCGAGUACGGCUUGUCGGAGACAGAAAUACUCGAAUUAAUUAUGCCUACCGGUGGAGAGGGACCUUUGCUCUUGAAGGAGAGUCAAUUUAACUUUGCGACCUGGUGCUUGGUCAGGAGGACGCUUGCACCGUGGCUCAAAGUACGAGUGAUGAGCGGUCGAUUAAUGUUUUCCUGGCGCGGCCAAUGUCGCGAAGUCGCACUCAGAAAGUAUCUCUCCAAUCAGGACGUUUCUCGCGGUUACCACGCGGAGUUGGCCGGACUCUUCUUCUCCGAAGACGCCGACGAUAAUUCCGACAAAUCACCGGAGAAUCCACCUUCUUCGCCUCCCAUCAAGGAAACGCCGUUUCAAACACAAACGCCGCAAACGCAGGAUAUCACGUACACACUUCGACACGUCGAAGAAGCGUGGUUACAUCUUCUGCGCGCUUCCGACGUUGACAAGCUGAAGAAACUCGCCGUCUGCGCGUUUGACUUUCUUCUUGCGAGUGCCCAGACGAUCUCCGUGAGCUAUCUACGAUGCGUCCUCGAACAUGCCAGACGAUAUCUCCUCGAGCGCGACUUGGAGCUCGUGUAUUAUGCCGUGAGAAAAUCCAGCGAUGUCCUUACCAGAGAUCCUCUUCAGCUCGCUGCGCAGCUCAUCUGCUGGUUAAGGCCGGUCGCCGAGGACGGCGGUGACCUCGUCAGUAGAAUGGUCAUGGCCGCUAUGGCUUGGUGCGACGGUUACACCGCGCCUUUGCUCGUGCCCUUGAACGGAUGGCUACAACCGCCUCUGCCACUGCAGAUCCGGGCGAUUACAUGUCCUCAGGGAGUUAAAUUGAUCGAAGCGGCACCGUCUGGUCAGCACGUGGUCGUCGUGCCACCGCAGGGGGAUGCUCAGCUAUGGCACGUGAUGUCCGGUCAGCUUGUUCAUACAUUCAAAGGACACUCCAGUCCAAUCUCGUGUUUAGCCGUCACCCAUCAAUCGCAGUAUCUUCUGACCGGCUCCGAGGACACCUCCAUUAUCGUCUGGGACAUGAAGGAUCUCGUUAUGAAACGCCGAAUUUGCGAGCAUAUCGCACCGAUCCUCACUUUAACUACGGCGCUGAACAACUCCGUUAUCGUGAGCGGCGGUGAAGAUUCCAGAAUUAUCGCUACGAGCCUGCUCACUGGCGAAGUCCUGAUGAAGGUUGACCAUCAUCGAGGUCCCGUCACCACUAUUCGAGUCGAUUCCGCUGGAGAAGUCUUGGUUUCUGGUUCAGUCGACGGGACUGUGUGUCUUUGGUCUUUGGAAAGCUUUAGUCUUCUCAACAGUAUUGCUCUACCUUCUCCGGUAGUCAUGCUGGAUGUGUCUGCAGAUUCAGUCUUUCUUCUAGCCGCUUGCGAAGAUCAGAAGCUCUAUCUAAGAUCCUUGGCAACAGGCACGGAGAUCCACACGCUUAGGGGGCAUCAAGGACCAGUUAAGAGUCUCUGUCUGGCGAAAGAUUGUAGAAGAGCUAUCGCUGGCGGUGUCGAAGGCAGAGUAUCCGUAUUUGAUAUGCAUAGUGGAAAAUUGAUCAGGACUCUGCCCGCUAAUCCAUCGGCAAACGUUACUUCGGUUAAGGUGACUGAAAAAGAUGAUUUUCUGAUAACUGGCGGAGGUGGUCGCGUGACGUACUGGAGCUUUCGCGGUGAAGAACCACCGCCGAAACCGCAGAAACCCGGGAAACAGGAUACUCUGCAACCCCAUACCGCACCGAUAUCCUGCUUGGAUAUCUCCAGGGAUGGCGCUAUGGCGGUCACCGGUGGUGUCGAUUCUUUAGUCAAUUUAUGGCAGCUCAACACUCACGAAUUGUUAUCCACCCUGGAAGGGCAUAUCGCCAGCAUUACUUGCAUUGCAUUUUCCGCGUCAGGACUCUUUGUCGCAUCUGGAUCCGAGGACAAGACAGUACGCGUGUGGGGUUUAACUCUGGGACUUGUCGUGGCUACAUUCAGGCACCAGGCGCCGGUAACUGCUGUUACCGCUAUGCUGGAUGGUAGAAGAGUGGUCAGUUCAGACCGUGCUGGCUCUAUCAGGGUCUGGGCAGCAGACAGUGGUACGCUAAUUCAGUCUGUUUGCGGACCUGGACGAUGUUUCGCCGUUGCGUCCGACAUGAGAUACGCGGUAUGCGGAUCUGGCGAUAACCAGGUGCGCAUAAUCAGUCUGGGCGCCGGGCCCGAAGAGAAGCAUCAGGUGUCACACUCGCAGGACAUCACGUGUCUGGUAGCAACGCCGGAUUCCCAGUACCUGAUCACCGGCUCCCGCGAUAUGAGCCUGAAAGUAUGGCAACUGGCCGGCGGUAAACUCUCCCAAGUAUUGGUCGGUCACACCGACCAUGUGACUUGCGUAGCAGUCGCAGUGGUCGACAAGUCUAUAGUAGUUUCCGGAUCCAGGGACGCCAAUUUGAUCGUCUGGGAUAUCAACACCGGUGCCGACUUGCAUACUCUAGUGGGCCAUCUGGGCUACGUGACCUGCGUGCGUCUCUCCGGCGACGGAACUCUGGCUGCUUCCGGAAGCGAGGACAAAAGCCUAAUCGUCUGGGAUACCAAAAAGGGCACUCCGCUCAGUUCCAUCAUGCUACACGUACCGGUUUUAGGAGUUGAAAUGUCUACCGAUUGCUCCAGGAUGGCAGUACAUUUAUUGGAGCACAAGUGUAUGCCUAUUCUAUGCCUGCAUAAUACUCCCGCGCAAUACGUCAAAUUGCCGCCAUACGUGGCGCCGCGAGACCUGAGACCGCCAGGACCAAAGCGACCCGCCAAGAGAUUGUUGAAGAAAGAGGUGUCUUUAGAUACUUAUACCUGGCAGCGAAAAUACGGGCAUCUUACAUCAGGUAUCGUAGUCUCAACUAUCGAGGAACGAUUGAAACGUCGUUUUAGCGUGAGCGCGUCGAUGGAAGAGAUCAGUCAAGCAGGUUUAGCCGGUUCUCAACCUGGCCUAGGUCCUGAGCAGGCCGCUUUAGCACAAUCUCAACAUUUUGAUCAAUUGGAGGCACUUUGGAACAAACAAUCGCCGCCGCCAAGACCACGUGGCCUAGUCCGGACGUUAACGAAACAAAGCUCGCUUCAGGCUACCCGAAUAUCCGACUCUGAAGAAGAAGAUAUACCGGAUUAAAUGGCAGAAUAUUUUCUAUCGGCAACUUUCGAUUGAUUGUCGAAUAUAUUUAAGUUACAAAAUGUCCUUCCGUGUCAUUCGAUGCAAUAAAUAAAGAUAUACCAGAGAUAAUAGACUAGAAGAAAAUGCAUAA